UUAAUCAUGGGAGAGAGAGAGAGGCAGAGAGGGGGAGAGGAGUAUAUCAGAAGCCUCAGUGCCUCUGUGUUUCUCUGAUUUUUAUGCAUGCAGGAGGAGCAAAAAGGGGAAGAAAAAAAAAAAAAAAGAGGAAAAAUAUAGAGAGAGGUGUGCUGGGCAAGUUAUAUUUUUGUCAAUAUUUAACUUUGAUACAUUUGGAUUUAUCUUCAGAGUUUCAGCUUACAAACCUCAUCCGCUGAGUUUGCAGGGGUGAGAACCAACCAGGAAUUGUUUGGCUUUUUAAGAGGACCGAGGUUUGUAGAUAAUGCUGAAGAAAGGUCAUAUGCAGUAGUCUAAUGGCUGAUUCUGCUCCCGAGUCUUUGCAAUCUGAUAUAUUGGGCCUGAGACAUAUAAGCAGCUCACUUUUCAGUAUUCCUGGUUUCAUUGUAGGGCUUGGAACAAAAUGUUUAUCAGAUUCUGACUCAGUUAGGAGCCCCACAUCUCCUCUGGAUUUGAAAGUUCUUUCAAAUCUUAGUAACCCCUUUGGUCUCAGGUCCCCAAGAACAAAAUCUCAAAGUGGGCAUCAAAAGAAGUGGGAUUGCAAUAAAGUAGGCUUUGGCAUUGUAGAUUCACUUGUGAAUGAAGGCAAACCUUCUGUAGGAGUCCUUGAUUCACCAAGGAGGAGUAAUGUAAUUUUUGGAGCACAUGUGAAGACUAGCAUUCAUAAUACUUCAAAGCAUUACCUUGAGCCACAUAAUUCUUCUUUAAAAUCCAAUUCUUUGCCUAAAAACUACAUCUUUUCAUCGCUUCCUAAAACCCGGACUCUCUAUCCCCAAUUAGGUGGCACAAAUGUUGACUUUGGGAAUGAAGGUGGCCCUUUAGAAUCUGAACCAACUAUAAGUAUUACAUCUUGCUUGGCGGAUUCCACUAUGCCUUCGUCCUUACAUGUUUGCUUAACUCAAACUCUCAGUUUGAGUUCUACGAAUUUUUGUUCAGAAAAUAAGACUACCACAAUGAGUUCAGGUCCAGUAAUUAGCCAUGGUUCAGAAGUCUCUUUGGGUAACAAACCAAGUUCGCUUCCAAUUUCGAUUGGCUCCAACCAUGAACUUCCAGGUUCUCUUUCUGCAAGAGAUAUAGAGCUCUCUGAGGAUUAUACCUGUAUUAUUUCUCAUGGUCCAAAUCCUAAAACAACUCACAUUUUUGGUGACUGUGUUUUGGAUUGUCACACAAAUGAGUUGGCCAAUUUUGGUAAGAAAGAAGAAUCAGGGACUAACUUAUCUCAAGUGGCUAAAACCUCACAAAAUUUGACACCACCUCGCUCUGACAAGAUUCUCAGCUUCUGCUGCUCAUGCAGUAAAAGACUUGAAGACGGGGAAGACAUCUACAUAUACAGAGGUGAGAAAGCAUUUUGCAGUUUCGAGUGCCAUGCUGAGGAGAUUUUGUCCGAGGAAGAAGAGGAAACUUACAAUAACUACGCUGAAAGCUCUCCUGAAUCAAGCUACAAUGAAGAUCUCUUCCUGAUGGGUAUGCCCUUCCCCACCUAAUGGGGGCUGUAAUUGCUAUCUCUAGGCUCCCAUGUCCAUGAUUGAUACAUGGGUCAUCUAUUUUUGAAGAGCUGUCUAUGUGAAUCUUUUUGUAGCCAUGGAUGAUCACAAUCUGCUUCAUCCCAUUUUGCUAGUUGUGUUACUACUUUCAUGGUAUGGGUAAUCCGAGGUAGCCACAGCAAAGAGUUUUUUCAUUCUAUAAAGGAGACAUAGAUAUAUAGUCUUAGGUUUGUUGUUUAGCUUACAGUUUCGAUUAGAUGGGUUGGAAGUGGCCAGAUGCCCUCGCCCAUCAAGUUUUCUUUUCUUCUGUGUUUCCUGCUGUGGCCCUUGGUGAGAGUUCAUGUAGUAGCUUUUGAACCUUAAUGAACUCAUUGAUGAAUGAAUGCGGCAUUUACGUAA